ACCACUUCUCGCCUUCGGCAUCCCUGCAUAUCUGACAUUGUCGAGGAAUCGCUUCAACAUCGCGCGACGAAAUUGCGACCUGGAUGCCCCCAGGCAGAGUGGACUUUGGUAUCUCUCAAGGCCAUCCCUCCUUGCAGAGGUGCCAUCCAUCAUCAAUGCCUCGUAAGGCCGCUCACAAUGCCCCCAUUCAUUCCUCGAAAGCGGCCUUCCGCAUCGCCUCCGGCAUCUUUCAAACCUAUCAAGAGAGCAAGACUAGCAGAUGUUCUGGAUGCCGAGUCUCGUAACAUACCUGGCCUCAAAAAGUCGAAAACCUUCUCGCUUGGAAGUGACGACUCUGAUUCAAGUCUAAGCGACAUUGACAGCGACGAAUUCGAGGAGGUCUCUGCCCCUGUCAAGCAGCCUCAACUUCCCGCCGAUGAUGAUGAAGAAGAGGAGGAGGAUGAAGACAUAGAGUGGGAGGACACUCAUAAGCCCGAGGAGCCUCGCGAGUUCCGGCCUUUGCCUGAGGGCGGAGUACAGUUAGUGUUUCGCAAAGAUGACAAUGAGAUUGACUACGGAACAGCCGCCGCUGCGACUGCGGGCAAGAAAGGUCCGACCAAGCGCGAGAAGGAAACUAGACUGAGGGCUCAUCAGAUGCAUGUUCAAUUGCUCCUCUGGCACAACUCUAUACGGAACAGAUGGAUUUCAGACAAUACGGUGCAGAAGACACUUGUCGAACAACUACCGCCACAAAUCAGGAAGGAGGUCGAGAAAUGGAAACGAGCCAGCGGGCUCAUCGAUCCAGAGAUUGAGGCAAAGAAGAAGACCCCGAAGAGCAAAGGGCGGAAGGCGAAAACAAAAUCCGCAGAUCCACGUCAAGAAAGAGAUUGGGGGAGACCGAGCCAACGUCUCGAAAAGGGCAAAGCUGACAUGAGUAAUGGCGAUCCGCUGAUCUCUUUGCUGAAAGUCCUGGCUGCGUACUGGAAGAAGAGGUUUGCGAUUACAGCUCCAGGUCUACGGAAACGUGGAUAUGGCACCAAACAAGCAUUGCGGCAAACAAUCUACUCGUUCAGGAAUGACGAGCAUGAUCAAGAAGAACAUGGCGAACGCAUCCGCAAUCUUCAGGAGUUCCGUGACACGGCCAAAAUUUGCGAAGGGUCGAGAGACGUAGGAGCUCAGCUUUUCACUGCUCUGCUGAGAGGCCUUGGGAUCGAAUCGAGGCUGGUAGCGAGUUUGCAGCCGACUGGUUUCGGCUGGACGAAGGCAGAGCAGCAACUCCCACGGAAGCCUGCCAAGGCUGUACAGGUUGACACUUCGUCCGAAGAGUCAGACGUCGAAGAGUCGAUAUCCAUUUCCGAGAUUACACAAACAAAAAAGCGACCCGGGCGACAAGCCGCGAGUGCGUCGGGCACUCGACGCGGUCCGUCGAAGACCACGAUCGAUCUGAGCUCUGAAGCGGAGGAAAGCCAGGUCGAAGCGGACGCCGAAGAAGAUCAAUCUGUUGUGGAUGUUACACCCUCCAUGCCGAAGGAGCGUCCAUCAAAGUACGACCGAGACAAUUUCUUUCCCAUCUACUGGACCGAGGCCAUAUCACCAAUCACAAACAAAGUGCUGCCCGUCUCACCCCUGGUGCUGACCUCUGCAGUAGCCUCCACACCCGAAAUUUUGGCUACCUUUGAGCCUCGUGGAGCCAAAGCAGAGAAGGCGAAGACGGUCAUGUCAUAUGUGAUCGCCUACUCUUUUGAUGGCACAGCAAAGGAUGUCACGGUCAGAUAUUUGAGGAAGAGAAUAUGGCCGGGUAAGACGAAAGGGUUUCGAAUUCCUGCCGAGAAGAUUGCCAUCUACAACAAACAUGGCAAAGUGAAAAGAUACGAAGACUAUGAUUGGUUCAAACGCGCUAUGAGUGGCUAUGAACGCCCUCAUCGCUUGAGGACUGCUGUCGACGAUGUUGAGGAUGCCUCCGAUCUUGUACCACAACUACCUGAGAAAAAGGAGGUUAAGGAGGAUGUCGACACUCUUCAGAGCCUGAAGGCUUCUGCUGACUUCGUGCUUGAACGCUUCCUAAGGAGGGAAGAGGCACUUAGACCAGGCGCAAAGCCGGAUCGCAUGUUCGUUUCAGGCAAGGCCGAUAACCUGAAAGAGGAACCUGUCUAUCUGCGUAGUGACGUGGAAAGAUGUCUGACGGCAGAGUCGUGGCACAAGGAAGGUCGAAGACCAAAAGCAGGCGAGACUCCAUUGAAGCUUGUGCCUGUUCGCGCAGUGACGUUGACGAGAAAGCGAGAAGCGGAGGAGCACGAAAGAAUGACCGGUGAAAAGCAGAUGCAAGGCCUGUAUUCUUGCGAUCAGACUGAGUACAUCAUUCCUCCGCCAAUCAAGGAUGGCAUUAUCCCAAAGAAUGCCUACGGUAACAUUGAUUGUUUCGUACCAAGUAUGGUACCGAGAGGUGCUGUUCACAUACCAUUGAAAGCCACUGUAAGAAUAUGCAAGAAGCUUGACAUCGACUUUGCAGAAGCUGUUACUGGAUUUGAGUUCGGCAACAAGAGGGCUGUGCCGGUUUGUACAGGUGUUGUUGUGGCCAAGGAGAACGAGAAAGCUGUGAGGGAGGCAUGGACCAUCUACAACGAGGAGCAGAGAAGGAAGGAAGAAACGAAGAUGGAGAAAUUGGUUCUCGAUCUCUGGCGAAAGUUUGUCAUGGGCCUCCGAAUUCGCGAACGUGUUCAGGAUGCCUAUGGAGACGUCAUCGACCAGCACUCUACAGACGCUGCUGGAAACAGCAAGGACCAGCCGAUCAACCUUGAAGACGAUGUGGAUACGCCUGGCGGAGCAUUGCCGUUCGUCAACGAUGAUGACUUUGGAGGUGGUUUCAUCGUGGACGACGAAGAGCCGGCAGUACCUGAUCAUCUCGAGCUGGUCCACCAUGAUGCAUCGCAAGAGGCCAAUACUUCGAAGGGGAAAGCUCGAGCAGUCGACGAGUACCCCACACCUGCAUCGAUCUCGCCUCCGAAAGGUGCUCGUCGGCAACAGCGGAAGUCACUUCUACAAGAAGCCGAAGGAAGUCCGAGUUCACCACUAUCCUCUGCAGCCAGCGAUGUCAACUCCACGAUGUCCGGGCCUGAGGAUGACGAAGAUCAUGGUCGUGGAGUAUCUGAAGUUCAGCAAAGAUCGAACGUUGAGGUUGUUGUUCCCAAGUCUCAAGGACGGCGUGCUAACAAGGCUGUGUCGGCACGCUCAUCAUCCAUGGCUCCCAGUUUAUCACCUGAGCUGGAGGACGAGGACGAAGAUGACGAAGAGGAUUACAAGCCGGUCAGAACACCAGUCCGCAAGGGCCGCGUGAACAAAAGCUCGAAGUCUACUCCACAGAAGAAACCCAGUGGCAGAGUGAGUAAGCCGAGAUCCAGGGCGAAAGCGAAAACGAGCGCGAAGAGUGAGAUGACUGAUGAAGAUGUUGUGACGCCAAAGUCAAAACGUUCGAGGCGUCGCUUGAGGAGGGAUAGUACGUUGGUCUUGAGUCCGUAUUUCGACGGUUGAGUCUUUCUGACACACCUGUACUGGUAUUAAGACAUGAGAUAUCGUGCCUACGGUAGUGCUGCAUUGUAUGAUUAUCAUGCCAGACUCAUGUGACAAGCUGGCCAUCCUUCCUAUUU